AUGACAAACCCUGAGGUCCAUCACCUGUUUCAUCACCCAAUAGCAGACCAUUCCUUCUCCGCCGAUAGGCAGACACUGGCCGUUGCCAAAGACACCACUGUUGAAUUAUAUCAACGAUCAGGAAACAAAUUUAGCUUGCAAACUGAGUUGAAAGACCAUGAUAAGAUUGUGACUGGCGUCGACAUUGCGCCUACCGCUGGACGAAUAGUCACCUGUUCUCAAGACCGGAACGCCUACGUGUGGGAGCCAUCUCCAUCUGGAUGGAAACCUACGCUAGUGUUGCUCCGUAUCAACCGUGCUGCGACUUUCGUACGCUGGUCACCCUCCGAGAAAAAGUUUGCGGUAGGGUCGGGCGCUCGUGUAAUCGCCAUUUGCUACUUUGAAGAGGAGAAUGAUUGGUGGGUCUCGAAGCAUCUCAAGAAGCCCAUUCGGAGUACCAUCACAACCGUUGCGUGGCAUCCUAAUUCGGUUCUUCUAGCGGCUGGGUCCACUGAUGCCCAUGCUCGAGUCCUCUCGAGUUUCAUCAAAGGGGUCGACGAGAGGCCAGAAAGUAGCGUUUGGGGCGAGCGCCUGCCAUUCAACACGAUUUGCGGGGAAUACCUCAACAACUCCGCCGGCUGGGUCCACGGCUGUGCGUUUUCUCCGAGCGGUGAUGUUCUAGCAUUCACAGCGCACGACAGUAGCGUCACGGUUGUCUAUCCCAGCGGCCCAGAUCAGCCCCCAAGAGCCGUUGUCAGCCUGAGUACACAAUUGUUACCGUUCCUCAGCCUCAUUUGGAACGGUGAGAGUGAGAUCAUUGCUGCCGGUUACGAUUGCGAAGUCUAUCGGCUUCGCGGCAACGAGCAAGGCUGGCAGAUUGCAGAGUCAAUGGAGUCAAAGGGCAGACCGGGCAUGGGCGAGAUACGGGAGGAGUCCGCUCUGAACAUGUUCAAGCAGAUGGAUUUGAGGGGCAAGGCCCAAAGCGAUACACAGCUCAAGACUGUUCAUCAGAAUACAAUCUCGACCUUAAGACCCUUUGAGGCUACGGCUAAUGGAGUCAAGAACUUCAGCUCCAGUGGUGUAGACGGUCGUGUGGUCAUUUGGGCAUCUUAA